AUGCUAACCCCUUGUGUUCUUUUAGCUAAAUGGACCUUUCCUAGUCUCAUUAAUGCUACGCUCGAAGACCUUCAGCAAGGACUUCACAGGGGAUGCUUCAAUAGUUUCGACUUAGUAAAUGCAUAUCAAGAGCGCAUCCGGCAGGUUCAGGGCAAAGCUCGUGCUGUCACCGAGAUCAACCCAGAUGCUCUUGCUAUUGCAACGUUUCUCGACAAGGAGAGGAAUAUCGGCGGCAAACGUCUCGGGCCUCUGCAUGGGAUACCUAUCCUUCUCAAGGAUAACGUCGCGACGAUGGACAAGAUGAAUAACACUGCCGGAUCGACUCUCCUGCUCGGAGCAAAGGUUCCCCACGAUUCUACGGUAGCGAGGAAGCUCCGCGAAGCCGGAGCUAUUAUCCUUGGCAAAGCAAACAUGGACGAAUGGGCUGAUUUUCGCACCGGCGUUCUUCAUCAUGGCUAUUCGCCAUACGGGGGCCAGACACACGCCGCCGGUGUGUCUGCCGACUUGGGUCUGGCCUUUGCAGCAAUUGGCACCGAUACAGGCGGCUCCAUCUCAUUUCCGUCGAGUUUUAACGGUAUUGUAGGGAUCAAGCCGACCGUAGGACUUGUCUCGCGCUACCUGGUUAUCCCAGCGUCAGAGCACCGAGACUCAGUCGGGCCUAUGGCGCGGACGGUACGGGACGCGGCACAUGUCCUGAAGGCCAUCGCAGGACCGGAUUCGGCUGACAACUACACGUCUGCAAUACCGUUCGGCACUCUCCCGGACUACGUGGAGGCCUGCGAUGAGAAGGCUCUCCAGGGAGCACGCAUCGGGGUGCCCUACAAUGUUUUGGAUCAAGCAACUGACCUGUGGAAGAAAGGAGGUCCUUGGGCCGAUGCCUUUCAUAAGGCAUUGAAGAUCAUGAAAGAUGCUGGGGCGACCAUUGUUGAAGCCAACUUCACAAGGGCGGGCAGCGACAAUUCUAUCGACCGCGACGAUUCCAUGACGCUCGGGGCGGACUUGAUGACCGACCUUCCCAACUACUUUGCCCAGCUCAUCGAGAAUUCAUCCGAUAUCCACACGCUUGCCGACUUACGGAACCGAACACGCAACGCCCCAGCCGAGGAGAACAACCUAUGGGGCACUUCGGUUUGGGAUGACGCUCUCGAUAAAUUUGGCUUCAACAACACCGACCCACGCUUCUGGCCCAGCUGGCAAAGGCUUCAACAGCUCCAGGGCCCCGACGGACUGCUCGGCGCCCUGGAGAGGCACAACCUUACAGCUAUAGUGUCGCCUACCAUCUACGCUCCAAAAAUGGCCAAUUUUAUCGGCGCGUCUGUCGUGACGGUACCCUUGGGACAUUUUCCAGCCAACACGUCAAUAAUAUCGAACACUGACCCAAAAAAUGAGACCCUGGUCAUGAUGGCCCCAUCAAUCCCCUUUGCCAUGUCCUUUGUAGGACGGCACUGGUCUGAGGCCGAACUGAUUGGGCUGGCGUAUAGCUUCGAGCAGAAGACGCGGGUACGGGGUGAAGCGAAGAGAGUUAUUAUGCCCGAGGCCGAGAUCACUGUAUCUUCAUGCUACGCUUAG